AUGGCGGCCGCCGCCACCUCGUUCGAGUUCGAGGGCAAGGAGUUCCCCAUAUUCACGCAGAAGCAGCUCGAUGGCAUUAACCGCGAGGCCCUGAAGCAGCGUGCCAUGAACCUCCGGGACCACGUCGGGCAGGACCGCCUCCCGCCGAUGCCGCGCCACCCCGAGGGGCUCGUGUCGUGGCUCCUGUCCGUGCAGGACGCGCUCAGCGGGGGAAGCGCCGCGCCAAGGUACGAAGCGACGCCGUCCAGCGGCGCCCCUGCCUCCCGCGGCGGCGGCGGCCCUGCUCCCCGCGGCGGCCCCCCGGCGAGCGACUCGACCGACACGGCGAGCGCCUACUCGGAGGCGCGGCGCGGCGGCGAGGCGGCCCGGCUGCGCAACCAGGGCGGCGGCAUGGCCGCGGUCUUCGGCGGGCAGUGA